AUGUUCUGGUCCCCCCGGUCCAUCCCGCUACGGGAGCAAGUAAAAUCAAUCGUGAUGACGCUGGUAAAUGACAGAGUACGGACUACCAAACCGCAUGGCCGCCUCACCUCCGCAAGGCACAGGUUAGCAGUCUUGCAAAUGCCGCUUUACAACAGCAUUCUUAACAAUGCGACAUUCUUUGAGAAUGCCGCAGUGCUGCCAUAUCACUUCAGUAGCGAUCACUUAUGUAUUGUUUGCCCAAGAACAGCAAAGAUUAUUGCUGGCAGCGAGAGUUGA